AUCAUGAAAAAUAACCCUGAUAUGCAAAUAAUUGUUGCCUGAACCACUUUGCAUAACAUGGAAAGUGCAGCUAAAUCUCAACAGCUGCACAUCUACAGUCACGGACUGAAUUAGAGGAGCAGAGAAAAGAUGAUGAUGGAAAAAGUUCUUCUCAGCAUCGUCGCUCUGUCAGGGCUGUGUGCUGUCUCAUCACCUGCUAAACGUCAGUACCAUUUUGUUUAUGACCUGAAGAACAUGACUGAAGCACAAAGUUACUGCAGAGAGAAAUACACAGACCUGGCCACUAUAGACAACAUGGAGGAUGUGAAGAUCCUGAACAACAUGGUGGAUUUAAACAAAAUGGUCAACGCAGAUAACAGCCAUGAAGCCUGGAUAGGGCUGUACAAUGACCUGGACAGCUGGAGGUGGUCACUGUCAGACACAAGUUUCUACAAACAAGGAGAAACGGAGUUCAGACGAUGGGGCUCUGGACAACCGAACAACCUGAAAAGUGAACAAUACUGCGCACAAAUGUUUAGUUCUGGACAAUGGGGUGACAUCAGUUGUGAAAGUCACUUGAAGGCAGUCUGCUUAUAUGUCAGAGGGCCGAAUGUGACAUUUAUCCUCAUCAACAUCUCCAUGACAUGGACUGAGGCCCAGAGCUACUGCAGAGAUCGCUACACAGACCUGGCCAGUGUGAGAAACAUGACAGAUAACCAGAAGGUGCAGGAGCUGUUAUCUGCAGGAGAAAACGUCUGGAUCGGCCUUUUCAGAGACUCCUGGAAGUGGUCGGACGGAAGUAACUCCUCAUUUAGGUACUGGGCAGCAGGACAGCCUAAUAACUACGCUGGGAAGGAGCCUUGUGUGGCUGCACACUUCGACUCUGGAAAAUGGGAGGACUACCAGUGUCACAUCAAGAGUGCAUUCAUUUGCUACAGUCCACCUACGACAAAGCAAGUGAUAAAACUGAGUCUGCUGAAAGAGAACCCCUCUCUGGAUCUGAAUGACCCUGCUGUGAUGGAGAGCAUCUUGAAGCAGCUCAAACAGAGGCUGAAGGACCAGGGAGUGAAUGACGACAUCAAACUGAGCUGGAAGAAGCAGCCGGAUGGAAAAGUCUUCCACAAGGAGAAGAAGAAGGACAAAAAGGAUGAGCUUUAAUGUUGAAUUGCUCUGUCUGUUUUCAUCAGAGAAAAGUGAAUUUCUUUCCUCAAAGUCCUCAUGUAACGGGUCAGAAUAGAGCUGCAAACAAUUAGCUGAUUAAUCAAUUAGUCGCAACUAUUUUGAAAAUCAAUGAAUGCUUUUAGUCAUUUUCCAAAUGCCCAAAUAUUUGCUGCUUCCAGCUUCUCAUAUAUGAAAAUUUGAUGAUUUUCUUUGUCAUUUAUGGUCAUAAACUUAAUGUCGUUUGUCUUUAGACUGUUGGUCGAUUAAAACAAGACAUUUGAAUAGAUCUGCUUGGGCUGUGGCAAAUUAUAACAGGUGUGUUUUACUAUUUUCUGACAUUUUAUAGAUAAAAUAUGAUUAGAUUAGAUACAAUACUGUACGAUAAGAUAAGAUUUGACUUAAGACAACUCCAGAGAAAAAAACAACAACUAAAAAAGACGUUAAUGUUGUGAAGAAUCCCAAAAUGAACAUGAAUAGGUUAUAACUUCAAAUGACUUAUACAGAACAUAAUAAUAUGUAAUAUUCUUAUGCUGUCACCUAAUUAGGGAUGCAAAACUUUAAGCAAUUUCCCUAAAAUUAUUUAUCUGACUUUUUAUGUGAUUGUAAUAUCUUCCACGCAAAAAUGCCAAAUAUUAAUUGCUUCCAGCUUCUCAAAUAUGAAGAUUUUAGGCUUUUAUUUGUCAUAUAUGGUCAUAAACUUAGUAUCGUUGGGUUUUUAGAAAUAAAAGUGCCCUCGGGGAAAUGCCAUUAUGAAAUAAAAACAGGCUUUUUCAAUUUUGAAUAAAAAUGGUUUAUUAUGAAAUACAAAUAAUAUACAAUAAAGUAAUGUUUUGUUAUUGUGAAAAUUAAUGAUGAACUAACAGUAAUGAGUUUGAAUAAUUUCUUCUCUAAUUCCACAAAUUGUUGGUUCAUUUAUAUAUUUUUACACAAUUUAUUUGUGUGGCUAUUUAUUUCAUAAUCCUUUUUUCAUGUAUUUAUAUAUCGAACACUUUCCAUAAUGCAAUGAAAUAAUGACAAUUAAAAUAAAGAUUUUAAACAAUGAA